AUGCGCCGUGAUGAGAUCAGAGAUAUCGAGUCUCUACCCCAGCGCUUACUGCCCGGAUAUCAAGAAUCGCACGAGGGGGAUCUUCUUUCACUCCAAUGGCCGGCACCUCCUCGAAACAUUUUCAUCGUGAAAAAGGAUUUUGCACCUUCCGUGACAGAAGCUCUAGUCGAAUUUUCCAAUCAUGUAACCUCUACAUAUCCGUCAACGGCCAUUGUCCUCGAACCAAAGACCGCCGAAGAAGUACAUUCGUCUCUCCCGUUCCCCGUCUACUCGACACGAUUGGAUAAGAAACCAUCGGCGUUACAUGAUAAAGUUGAUCUUACUGUUACACUCGGGGGCGAUGGGACUAUCCUACGAGCAUCAUCACUGUUUGCAACAUGCAACAAUGUGCCGCCGGUACUGUCCUUUGGAAUGGGAACCCUGGGAUUCUUGAGCGAAUGGAAAUUUGCCGAGUACAAACGGGCCUUCCGAGAAGUAUACAUGUCCGGGGCUGGAGUAGGCGAUCGUGCCCCCGUUCUUGAAGGCCCUCAAGCAACCCUUGCGGAGGAUGAGGGGGAAACACGAAUGGGCCCAACUGGAUGGUCGUCAGUGCGGGGGAAAUCUAUGGGUACUACUCGCGGGGCCCGCAUAUUGAUGCGAAACCGCCUCAAGGUGGGCCUCUUUACGACAGAUGGAAAACCAGUGGGAAAGCGUUUAGAAUCUGUACCAUCGCAAGGAACUCCUGGGUCCCAGGGGACGUAUGUGAUGAACGAAGUGCUGAUCCACCGGGGCAAAGAGCCGCAUUUAGCGGUGGUCGAGGUAUUUGUUGGGGGACGGUUUCUCACGGAGGCCGUGGCAGAUGGGAUCAUUAUCUCAACGCCAACUGGGAGUACAGCAUAUAGUUUGAGUAGUGGCGGGAGUAUCGUUCAUCCCUUAGUGCCAUCGGUCCUGUUGACGCCGAUUUGUGCGCGCAGUCUCAGCUUCCGGCCGCUGGUUCUGCCAUCGAGUACACCGAUUACACUGCGGUUGAGCGAGAAGAACCGCGGACGGGAGCUUGAGGUCAGCAUUGACGGGGUAAAUCUGGGCCAAGGAAUGGCCGUUGGGAUGGAGGCACGAGUGUGGAACGAGGUGAUGCGGCAUGGCAAGAACAACUGGUCCGGGGGUGUACCCAGCGUCAUGCGACGUAUCAUGGGUGAAGAGGCUCACGAAGGCUGGGUGGGUGGAUUGAACGGAUUGCUGAAGUUCAACUACCCAUUUGGCGAAGAGCAGCCCUAA